AUGCACGGAGUGGCCUUUGGGAGGUGGCACCAGGAGUUUGCCCGGGCAGACUGCGGGCACAGACUGGUGCAGAGGUGGCACGACCUGCUGGAGUGGAGGAGGCUGCAGGAGGCAUUUACAUCCUGGAACCGCAGGGUCCUGGUCAGGAGAGGGGCCCUAGAGAUACAGGAGAGAAGGCAACGGGCACAGCUCUCACACAUCCUGCGUGGCUGGCGGGGUGUGGCCGAGCGCAGGGUGGCGUGCGUGUGUUACUGCAGCGAGAGGAAUGAUCGGAUGGCCGCACACACUCUGCAGAGCUGGAGGAGAGCCACAGCGCUACGGUCCCGACACACACGCCUCCUCACACUCCUGCUGGAGAGGAGGAGGACACAGGCGCUGACCCUAGGGACACUGGCAGGGAAUAUGAGGCCGAGUGAGGCGGUGAUGCCAAGGUUGUAUGGUGGUGCCAGGCGCAUCACAUUGGAGGAGUUGUGUGACAACCUGCAGCUCCAGACAAGCCUUCACUCCUGGAGGAGGGAGAAGAGCAAGCUCCAGCUAGCCAGACUGUACUGUGUGGCCCGGGCGAGGGAGCAGGUGAGAUUGGCGCUGCAGCGUUGGCAUGAGCUGGCGUGGGAUUCCCAGGCCUGCAGGGUGCACAUGUUCAGGACUAGACUGGCAGCGCUGGAAUCCUCUUCCUCUGGGUUCGGCAGCACAUCUCCCCUCUCCCUGAAGCUUGCUGUGGCAGAGCAUAACAUCAGCACGGAGCUCAGCGAUUGGUCAAACAGCUCCUCUUCAGCACAGAUGGACAGAGGACGCCCCCUACUGGCCUCAUCCCCAUUGGAAAGUCUCAAGACCUGCUUCCAGGUCGAGAACCAUGUUGAUUUUGCAGAGGGUGACCAAACCUUCUGCCUCUCGCAUCAAAGUCUCCCAGAUCACAAGAGCUCACCCAGAUUAAAGGGUGUCAUGCGGAGUGUGGUGGGCCGGAUGCUACGUCCCUCCCUCAGUGUGGCCUUCUCUCAGUGGAGGGACUAUGUCAGAGUCGGCAGGGAGCAGCGACGCCUCAUGGGCCUGAUGGCAGAUGUCCGCAGACGGGCCAUGCUUGGCACUGCCCUCAGCCUGUGGAGGAGACACACCCAGAGCCUCUGCACCGCAGCCAUACAGAUGGAAACUGCAAUUCUGACUUUCUCUGUGGCUCACUGGAGAAGGGUGGUCGCUCACCAAAGGUCAAAGGUCACCCUGCAGAGGAUGGCCGACAACUUCCACACCACGGCAGUCCUCAGGAGCUGCUUCUUAACAUGGAAGAAAAAGCGGACGUUGAUUAGAUUAAGGCCAGACCCGGAGGCCCGGGCCCAGCUCGUGAAGAGGGUGGUGUGGCUGCGGAGGAGAGGAGAGAGACAGAGGACCCACAGCACCUUCACCCUCUGGACAGCACGCCUCAGACAAAGCCAGGCCGUCACCGCCUUCUACACACACACCACGCUCACCAGGGUGUUUACGGCGUGGGAGCAAUGUGUCCACUCCCAGAGGGAGAUGAGCGCUCUAGCCCGGGCCCACCUCCACCAGAGGCUGCUUGGCCAAGCCCUGGCCCACUGGAGGGGGUCUGCCACCCGCAGCCUUGAGUUCCGCAGGAGAGGCCAGGAGAGACUGGCGCUGGGGGCCAGACAGAAUCUGCAGCGCUGGAGAGAUCAUACCCACAGGAUGUGUGAGCUGAGACAGCUACUGGGUCAGUAUGUGGAGAGUGAGAGAAGGGCAGCGAAGAAGAGAGCUCUACACACCUGGGUCCAGGCCACUGUGAAUGUCAGGAAAGCCCAAGACAUACACCAGCAGUCUUUCAUGAGCAGCUAACCUUAGGUCUCUCCGUCGAUCAGAAGCAGGGAUGGUUCUGUGUUAUUUACCGGAUUGUAACCACCACUCCGAUAAGCACACAUGCAUUUGAUCAUUUUCCGACCUCUGUAAGUGAGAGGCAUCGCUGGAGCUGUGUGAUAAGAUGAGGCAUGAGGAUUGGGUGUAGAGGAACUACUUGUCACAUUAAGCAGUUGUAGAGACUACAGGAUAUCAAGCCUGUUGACGGACAGACCUGAGGCGUGACAUGCUGAACAUCAGGCUCACCCCACGAGAAGCAGUGCAUGAUCAACGCCACUCUCCGCAAGGAGAUCUGUUGGAAAUUAUGUACUCUCUCUCUUAAUCUCUCACUCUGGGGACAACACCCCAUCCAACGACUGAUCUGAAGACCCUUUCUAGCAGCGAUGGAGUAACGCGAUUGGCCCUAACCACUUUGCUGGCCGUCAACCUCCCUCUCCUCAUGGUGUGCCUGUUGGGGUUGGUGUGCUGUCCAACUGUUGCCUGCCAUAUAACUUCCUGAAAUGUGCUAUAUAAAUAAAGAUUGAUUUGAUUGAUGACAUUACAGCUGUAGAAUGUAUAAUAAACUGUCAUUUUCACGAGGAGAAGUGCACUUUUUUACAUAAACUAUUAAUUGAUAACUUGGGAUUUUAUCACUUCACAUAUCGAUCAUAUAGUGGGAAGGAUCCUACAAAUCAAGAAUGUGAACCACUCAGAAUAAAUAAAUACUGUGCCUUUUGAA